GCAGGUUUAGUUAGUGCAUAUUCUCUCCCCACGUUCUCUGCUAUAUCGCGACACCAUGGCAGCUAACGGUUCUGGAGGAGCGCAUCCUGUUCGCACAUUGAAGCCAGGAAUUUACGCUCCUAUCCCUACUUUCUUCUUACCUGACUGUGAAGACCUUGACUUGCCGUCCUUCCAGACGCAUGUCAUCCGUGUGGCGAAGGCAGGCGUGGGCCCUCUUCUUGCAGGGUCCUUAGGGGAAGCACACCACCUCAGCCACGCAGAGAGAACUACCUUGAUUACGACGGCUCGCAAAGCACUGGAUGCAGAAGGUCUGACCCAUGUACCUAUAAUCGCGGGCACUGGUGUUGGAAGCACACGUGAGACCAUUGAGCUUUCGAAGCAAGCCGCCAAAGAUGGUGCAGAUGCUGCAAUUGUCAUCGCUUCUGGAUAUUUUGCUGGUGUAUUGGCUGGCAAUAAGAAGGCGCUCAAGCAAUUCUGGGCGGACGUUGCAGAAGCAAGUCCGAUCCCUGUUAUCAUCUAUAACUUCCCGGGAUCGUGUGGUGGCAUCGACUUGGACUCGGAGCUCAUCACCGAGUUGGCUACAGAAUACCCUAAUCUCGUCGGAACGAAGCUUACGUGUGGUAACGUUGGGAAAUUGACACGGAUUGCUGCCACUGUCAGCCAACCUUUAUUCGUCUCGUCACAUCCACGCAAAGACUCAGAUGAACCCUUCCUUGUCCUCGGUGGCUACGUAGACUUCCUCGUCCCCUCUAUAUUUGCCAAUGCGCACGGCGCUAUCACCGGGUUGGCGAACGUCGCUCCUUAUACUCUUGCCAAAUUGUUUGAGCUUGCGGUUGCAAGUCUGAAGGACCGAGAGGUCCUUCCAGAAGCUCAACGCAUUCAGGGCAUUGUUGCUGAAGCAGAUCAUACUAUUGCCAAAGCUUCAAUCGCUGGAACGAAAGCUUUGCUUGAGCGACUCUACGGUUAUGGCGGCAACCCUCGGAGGCCUUUGCCUCCCAUCGAACCACAGGCGGCGCAGGCGUUGUGGGAUCACCCUCAUACCCAGGCCCUCGUGAAGUUGGAGCGCGAAUUCAGCGGAAAACGUCAGUGAGUUGUUGUCGAAUUAUGUGAUACCAUUACUUAUUCGCUCAUCUAUUCAGUCCAUGUAGACAGGGCUUGAAAUUGCACUAUGCUGUACAGGCUGAGGAGUUGUAGUCUAGUAGAUAUGAGUAUGUGAUGGGUUGUGUAUAUAUGGGUCAUAUACUCGUGAAUGAAAUCUGAAAGCUUUCGGUGAUC